GCGCACUCGAUGGAAUUCCACAGUGCUCACGCAAAACACGCCUUAAAACCAAGGCUCGUGUAAACUCGGAAGUUUCUGUAUGUGGGUGUCAAUCACAUAUACAAUACGGAAUUUGUGAAAUGUGCUUUGUAAUUCCAUCCACAACACCAGUAAGACGAGAAACAUAGCAAUACAUUUGUUCCAGUUUCUUCAUGAUUUGCUCGCGCAGCGCGGUGACGCCGUGAUUCCCUACCAGAAGGAACCCGGAGAAAAACUUAACAUAUUCCGGAAGUUUACCGACACCUGCAACCAUGGUCGCUUUAACAUGGAAACUUUUCUCUUAUCUAGAGGAAUAAAUUGCUUCAGCCUUUGCAGAAGGUUUCCACAUAUCAAGAUCGGGUUAACAGGUGUGCGAAUGUGUGAGAAAUGACAUCCCCAUGGUGUGUGCUCGGAAACAAGAUCACUUCUCUUGGAUGGGCUGAUCUGUCCAAACACACACACAUGCCACACUCCGGCCUCCUCUGUGUAGUGCUCUUCCCUGAUGGCACAACUCAAAAUUUUACUGUCAAUAAAAACGAUGCUGGUCAUCUCUUGUUCGACUUGGCUUGCGAACAGCUGAAGAUUGUGGAGAAGCAGUACUUCAGUCUGCAGAUCAGUGAGGACACAUCUAGCUCUCCGAGGUGGCUGGACCCCAACAAACCCUUCAAAAAACAGCUUAAGGGUUCAGAUCCCUUCUUUUUAAUAUUUAGAGUACGGUUCUUUAUCUCUGACCCAAACUCUCUCCAGCAUGAACAGACCAGGCACUUUUAUUUCUUGCAAAUUAAAAAGGAUAUUUGUGAGGGCAGAUUGAAGUGUCCUUUAAGCUCUGCAGUGGUACUGGCGUCUUACGCUGUUCAAUCUGAGCUCGGAGAUUACGUCCCUGAAACUCCACCUGGAUACCUCAGUCAUACCCAUUUUAUCCCAGAUCAAGACCACGAGUUUAUCGCUAAAGUGGAGUCAUUGCAUCCACAACACAAAGGUCUGUGUCAAAGUGAAGCCGAACUAUGUUAUUUGAACACAGCAAGAACUUUAGACCUUUAUGGAGUGGAGCUGCAUAACGCUCAGGAUGUGCAUAACCCCUCCCUCUGGGUGGGGAUUACAUCAGGGGGUGUGGCUUUGUUUUCCAAUUUAAUUUGCACCAGUUUCUUCCCCUGGAUUAACAUCAUCAAAAUGUCAUUCAAAAAGAAAGGGUUUUCUGUCCACUUACGCCGGAAACAUGGAGAGCUGGGCAACCACGUGGUCUCUAUCUCGAUCCCAAGCUCACGUGCCUGUAAGAACCUCUGGAGGUCCUGUGUAGACCAUCAUACAUUCUUCAAUAGGAAGCCCUCUCCUUCAGCUUCAAAACUGAGCUCUGUUUACCUGUACCGUAAACUGAUUGGUGAAAAGAUGCUGAACCCUGCGGUAAGGUCCAGCUCAACAGAACACCUGGAGACCAAGAGCCUACCCUCCCGGUCACCGCCCAGCACACCCAACUGGCGAAGUCCUCGGUUACGUCAUGACGUCCGCAAGCGACGCCCAUCAUCUGUGGACAACCUGACCAAUGAAAUGGGCUAUGUGACGGCGAGUGAAGAUGUGUUCUUUACGUACAGAAAAAACCAGGAAGAGGGGAAGACAAGCGGCAGUUGGUCCCAUAGUGAUGAUGUCAUUGCAGAAGAGGAUGACUUGCACCUUUGGGAUAAUACUGUGACGGCUGAUGGAGAUCUGCUGCUAGUGAGAAUCAGCCCAGAUCAAGAUGGGAAGUUUGGCUUUAAUGUUAAAGGAGGUGUGGAUCAGAGGAUGCCCCUGGCCAUUUCUCAUGUUAACCCUGCAUCUCCGGCCGGUCAGUGUGUGCCUCCACUAAUGGAGGGGGAUCAGGUUUUGUUGAUAAAUGGGAGGGACAUCUCUGAGCACACACAUCAGCAGGUGGUCAUGUUCAUCAAAGCCAGCCGAGAGUCACACAGCAAAGAACUUGCUUUGCUUGUGCGCCGUAAAGGUGUUUCUUUGCGAGCUGAACCUACCCUCCAGUUAGGUCUCACCCUUCCAGGUGAAAUAUCUCCAAUGUGUAGCCGCACAUCUGGAGAGACACUGGAAGAAUCUAUGACCCGUUUAGAGAAGGGGUUAGUCACUGGCACACUGCUGCUACAGUUCGAGAAAUUGGACAAGAAGAAAGUUGGAAUGUUAAUUUCUUGCGCAAAGCUGUCAGAAAAUAUGGAAAAGAAUCGGUACAAAGAUGUAUUACCAUAUGACAGCACUAGGGUGGUGCUACAGGAAGAAGGAGAUGAUUACAUCAAUGCCAGUCAUGUGAAGACAGAGCCAGCGGGUUGUGCGUUGCGGUACGUAGCAUCUCAGGGACCAAUGCCAAACACCUGUACUCACUUCUGGAGGAGUGUGUGGGAGCAAGACAUCAGUGUCAUCGUCAUGCUGACCACACUGACUGAAAGAGGACGGACCAAGUGCCACCAAUACUGGCCGCAUCCUCCCGAAGUAAGGGAUUAUGGGUACCUUCAGGUGUGCUGUCACUCAGAAGAGUGCAACCUGGCAUACGUUACCAGAGAGAUAACGCUGACAAAUACUAAGUCAGGACAGCAGCGCUCCAUCACUCAUUUACAGUACGUUGCUUGGCCAGAUCAUGGGGUACCGGAGGAUUCCUCAGACUUCCUGGAUUUUGUCCAGUCAGUGAGAAGUAUGAGAAGAGACUCUGUGCCUCUAAUGGUUCACUGCAGUGCUGGGAUUGGGCGGACAGGUGUGUUGAUCACCAUGGAGACCGCCCUGACACUGAUGGAGAAUGAAAAGCCUGUGUAUCCCCUAGAGAUCAUUACCUUGCUAAGAGAACAGAGGGCCAUGCUGGUUCAAGCAUCGUGCCAGUUCAGCUUUGUAUGCGAAGCCAUACUGAGGGUGUACAGAGAAAGAUUUAAACAAAACCAAACACCAAAGAGUUGAUAAGAAGAUAGAGACGGGAGGGUUGUGUUUGGAAAUACGGAAGUGGAGGAAGAAUCCUCGCUCCUGUGAUCAGACUGUCAAUAAAAGGGGCCAGGGGCGUGUCUAAAUGAAGAUUGGAAGAUGGAUAGACAAUCUCUUCUCUUGCUGUGGCUCUCCUGACAGCUGUGCGGAUCAAGGAAGAACAUAAAGCACUUUGACUCUAAGCUCACAGGACCCUUAAGUGCACACACACGCUUUCUGUCUGCUUCACAGUCCUAUACAUCAAAGUCACCACUAGAAUAAUUUAAUUCACCUCUGCUUAUAAAUAAUAAAAUGUGUGAUUCUUCUUA